AUGUCGCAAUCAAAUAUUGGCGGAGACAAUAUGGUUAAUAAAACUGAUAUGAGCAUGAAAACUCGAUCCAUAAAUCAUAUUACAUAUUCUGUAGAAACUCCUAUCGUUACUUCGGGUAUACAGACAAAGAGAAAAAAACUGAGAUCUAAGACUAAUCGAAUUUUUGACCCAUCUAAUAUUAUCGCCGAGGGAGGUUACACAGUGGAUAGUAAAGUUAAUACUGCUAAAAUUAUAACAAAAAAAGUGGGAGAGAAAAAUGACCUAUAUGUUUUAAUCGAACGUGAUCAUAAAGAAACAGAAGAAUAUGAACGUGAAUCAGAAAGAAUUUUAGUCACGAAGUGA